AAGUCAAAACUGAAAGCAGAGUAUAAGAAAUGUGCGUCGGUUGCCCGUUUCCUGAGUGCAAGCCUCGGAAGGAUCCUAAGUAGCGAACGUGGUUUUCUGUUUACUUGUGCGGUUUUGUUGCCUGCAGCCUCUUGGGCUCCCAGCGUCAACAGAUAAUCACGUCGGGGCUGGAGUUCCGAGCUGGGCCAGGACGGUCUGUUCUGGCUGUGUGUGAACAGGGUGAAAAGCUGGCAGAGCGUCCGCCCGGAGCCUGCAGGCGGGGCUGGGCCCGGGACGCGCGGGGCUGCGAGUGCGCUCCAGCCCGGCGCCCCGCCCGGUCCUCUCGGCGCCUCGGGCUCCGGCCGAGCGCUCUGCCCUUUUAAGGAGGCGGGCCGUACCACCAGAACUUUCUUGACAGGGGGGUAUCGCGCAAACCUCGGACAACUUGGAGAGAGCCUAGAGGCGAUUUCCUGGUUCUCCAGUCGCCUGCCAGAGUCGAGCCGCCGCUCGACCGGCGCCGAGUGUCCGCCGCCGCCGGGCGUGGGAUCGUCCGCCGACCCUUCUGGGAAAUCGUCCCCCCCCCCUCCCCGGGGCUCCUGCCGUCCCGCACUCCGGACCCCGCGUUCCCCGGGCUUGUCUGGAGUGGAGUUCGCCUGCGGAGGCCCCAGUGCCCGGAUGUCCAUCAGGAUUAGCGCGAGCCAAUACGGUCAGCGCCCGAGGGAGGCUGAGCAGGACGCCCCGGGCUCGGGGAGCAGGUAGUCCCGCCACCUCGGGGCGCCGCGCCGGGGGGCCCGGCCCCGCCCGGCCAAUGGUGAGCGCGGCGCUGGCAGCUCGGCCCGCGGGGUGAAGGCGCUCAUGGGCAGCGGACCCUGGGCUCUGCGGACCGAAUGAUGGCAGCCCAGUCCAGCUUGUACAAUGAAGACAGAAACCUGCUUCGAAUUAGAGAAAAGGAGAGGCGCAAUCAGGAAGUUCACCAAGAUAAAGAGGCACUUCCGGAAAAGAUUCCCCUUUUUGGAGAGCCCUAUAAGACAGCAAAAGGUGAUGAGCUUUCUAGUCGAAUACAGAACAUGUUAGGAGACUAUGAAGAAAUGCAGGAAUUCCUUAGUAGUAAGUCCCAUUCUCAGCACUUGGAUGCUUCUCAGAAUAGGUUUGAAAAGUUGAAACAUCCUUUAUUUCUUGACAAGGGGAGCAGCGUUCCAUCUAACUCCUUCCACAGUAUUGUUCACCACCAGCCCAGUCACACUUCCGCCUCUGGACCACUUCCUGUUGGUAACAGCAGUCACAACCCAAAGAUGGCACAGCCAAGAACGGAACCAAUGCCAAGCGUCCAUGACAGAAGUUUUUGCCUGCUGGAAAAUCAGCACCUGAUCCGGGAUCACCCUGGUCAGGAAGGGUAUAGCUCCAGUCAUUACAAAAAAGGGGACCAUAGGGUUGCUGGAGAACAUUGUACUUUGAUGAUGGCCUCGGCUGCAGGGAGGGAGCUUUCUCCUUUAAUCUCUUUGCCUUCCCCAAUACCCCCUUUGUCACCUCUACAUUCCAACCAGCAGAGUCUUCUCAGGACACAAGGAAGUAGCAAGGUUCAUAGUAGUAACAACAGUAAAGGCUACUGCCUGGACAAAUCUCCCAAGGACCCAGUGGUGAAAGUCCAUGAAAAAGAGACCCCUCAAGACAGCUUGGUGACAGUUGCCAGCAUUGGGGCAGCCCCUCCCCAACCACCUUCUCAGACAUUUCCACCCACUUCCCUCCCCUCAAAAACCUUUGCCAUGCAACAGAAGCCCACAGCUUAUGUCCGGCCGAUGGAUGGUCAAGAUCAGGCUCCUAGUGAGUCUCCUGAACUGAAACCACCACCGGAAGACUACCGACAGCAGACCUUUGAAAAAACGGACUUAAAAGUGCCUGCCAAAGUCAAACUCACAAAGCUGAAGAUGCCUCUUCAAUCAGCUGAGCAGACUUAUUCCAAUGAAGCCCAUUGUGUUGAAGAAAUUCUGAAGGAAAUGACCCAUUCAUGGCCUCCUCCUUUGACAGCAAUACAUACGCCUAGUACAGCUGAGCCUUCCAAAUUUCCUUUCCCCACAAAGGAUUCUCAACACAUCACUUCUGCAACCCAAAACCAAAAGCAGUAUGAGACAUCUUCCAAAACCCACCUUACUUCUCAGCAGGGGACAUCCAUGCUUGAGGACGACCUUCAGCUCAGUGACAGUGAGGACAGUGACAAUGAUGAACAAACCCCAGAGAAGCCACCUUCUUCAGCUGCACCUCCAAGUGCACCCCAGUCGCUUCCACAACCAGUGGCAUCAGCACAUUCCAGCAGUGCCGAGUCAGAGAGCACCAGUGACUCAGACAGCUCCUCAGACUCGGAGAGCGAGAGCAGUUCAAGUGACAGUGAUGAUAACGAGCCCCUAGAAACCCGGGCUCCAGAGCCAGAGCCUCCAACAACCAACAAAUGGCAGCUGGACAACUGGCUAACCAAAGUCAGCCAGCCAGCGGUGCUCCCCGAAGGCCUGGGGAGCUCGGAGCCUGCUCAGCGGCGACAGGAAGGCAAGGGCAGCAAUGACAGUGACACCACAGGGCAGGAGCAUGCUGACCCCAAAGAGCCUACCCCCAAGAACUCCAGCAAAUCCCCCCGAAUCCCUCCCGAAGUCCCCCACCCUGGAAAGAGAAGCUGCCAGAAGUCGCCUGCUCCCCAGGAACCCCCAGCCCGGCAAACCGUGGGAACCAAACAGCCCAAAAAGCCUGCCAAGGUCACUACCCAGGCCCCCUCACAAACUGGCCUGAAGGUGGAAAGUGAGCCAGGACUGGCCAAGGGCUCAGGAGACCAGACUUCCAAAGACAAGCCUAAGGUGAAGACGAAAGGAAGGCCUCGUGCUGGGGCAGGGAUGGGCCGAGAGCCCAAGUCCACAGUGCCUGCACCCAGUGAACGGAGGAAACACAAGAGCCCCCCACGGGCCCCCUGCAAGGUGCCCGCCAGCCGGGAGCCCACAAAAGAGCCCGUGGAGACCCAGAGCUCUGAACCCUUGGCGCUUGUUCCCCUGGCACAGAGCCAGGGUGCACCCUCCAGUGGUGGCGUUAGGACUAGUGGCUGCCGGCAGGCCGUGCUCGUCCAGGAAGACAGCCGCAGAGACCGACUCCCGGUGCCUGUGAAAGACACCAAGUUGCUCUCGCCACUCAGGGACCCUCCUGCCCCCAAAAGCUUAGUGGUAAAGAUCACCCUCGACCUCCUCACUCGUAUACCCCACCCACCAGGCAAAAGCAGCUGCCAGAAAAAACCCAAGGACAAACAGCUGUCCUCUGGGAGGAAGCAGGAUUCCGAAAAGAGAAGCUCAGACUCCUCCUCCAAGUUGGCCAAAAAGAGGAAGAAAUGCAGGGGGAGAGGAGGACGCAGUGAAAUCUGGGACUUUCCACCAUCCGGUGAAGCAGAAAAAGACUAUGAUAACAAGAGAAUCAGACUGGAGAAAGAAGUCAAAUCCCAGUCCUCUUCAUCCUCAUCCUCCCAGAAAGAGUCUUCUAAAACAAAGUUACCCCGGCCCUCACCCUCUUCAGAGUCUUCAAGAAAGGAGAUGCCUCCUCCUCCACCUGUGUCCUCCUCCACUUCCUCCUCCUCCCAGAAGCCAACAAAGCCUGCACACAAGAGGUCCCGUCAGGAAGCAGACGUCUGUGGCCUGGACCCUCCCAAAAGUGCCAGUAGUAGUAGCAAGAGCAACCAUAAAGACUCUUCCGUCCUCAAGCACAGAAAAGUCCCGGGGAAGGGUUGUGGAGGCUCUGCUGAGCACAGAGGAACUUCUGGGGAUGCUGCAAAUCCUUUCCCCGUGCCUUCUUUGCCAAAUGGUAACUCUAAACCAGGGAAACUUCAAGUGAAGCGUAGCAGGCAAGCAGCUGAUUUUCACUUGAAGGAGGCCAAAAAGUUGAAGGACAAAGCAGAGACAAUGACGGACAAGGUUGGCAAGGCUUUUAAGUACCUGGAAGCCGUCUUGUCCUUUAUUGAAGGUGGGAUUGCCACGGAGUCCGAGAGCCCGGCGUCCAAGUCUGCCUACUCCGUAUACUUGGAAGCAGUCGAUCUUGUUAAGUUCAUAAUGUCAUUAAAAUCCUUUUCAAGUGCCACAUCCCAGGAGAAAAUAUUUGCUGUUUUAUGCCUACGAUGCCAGUCUGUUUUGAAUAUGGCGAUGUUUCGAUGUAAAAAAGACAUAGCAAUAAAGUAUUCUCGAACUCUUAAUGAACACUUUGGCGUCAGUUCCUCCAAAGUUGCCCAGGCACCUUCUCCAUGCAUCGCAAGAAGCACAGGCACACCAUCCCCUCUCUCCCCAAUGCCUUCUCCUGCCACCUGUCUUGGGUCCCAGUCAAGUGCUGGCAGUGUGGGGAGCAGCGGGAUGCCUGCCACCAUCAGUACUCCUGUCACCAUCCAGAACAUGACAUCUUCUUAUGUCAGUAUCACCUCCCACGUCCUUACCGCCUUUGACCUUUGGGAACAGGCCGAUGCCCUCGCAAGAAGGAAUAAAGACUUUUUUACUCAGCUCAGCACAAAUGUGGGCCCCUUGGCCCUCAACAGCAGUUUGGUGGAUUUGGUGCACUAUACAAGACAGGGGUUUCAGCGGCUCAAACAAAUAACCAAAACACCUUAAUGGAGGCCCAAAUUGUUUCGAUGCCUUGGAACCUUUUUUUGCACAUUGGAAGCCUCCGAUCCAGUCUGGACAUCUGUCUCUUCAGGACUCCGAACUUGAGCACCAUGAGAUGGCCAGGACAUUUGUCCACUUAAAUUCUCAAGACCUGUGUGAUCAUUGCUGGGACGUAUGGUUAUGCAGAAGCAGAGAUGAGAAGGGCAGUCAGCCGCAGAGAUGAUCUUGCCUUUCCUGACUGAGGAACAGAAGUGCAAUGCAGCCGAUCGGGCACACGAAUGGUCUGGAAACAUUUCUGUGUGUGUGUUUUUUUAAAAAAAGAAGAAAAAAAAAAACCAGCAGGAUGCAAAUUGUAAAUGAAGUGAGAAGCAGCAAUUUCAGCUCUGAAAAAUUCACAUCAUCUCAGUAGCCAUUACUAGUCCAUUCCCAGAAGAAAAAAAAAAUUUUAGAUAAUGAAUUUUGGUGAAGGGUUUUCUGGAUGAUUUUUAAAAAACAUUUUGUGAGGAAUAUUUGUGUAAUACAUUCUGAUUGCCGACUGUAAAGCAUAAGGUUGUAAAGGACUCCACUCUGUCCCGCUUUCUGCCAACAAAUAGUGGUUUUGAUAAUACCUGGUAUUGUCGUAUGACAUUGAAGGUGGCCUUCCUUGCAUAUUCCCCUGGCUCUGAUUUCUUGUUGACUGUGCCACCUUGAGGGGCACCAUCUCGGGAUCACCCAGGACAUGAAGGACAUGGUUCUUCCAUUCCCAGGGUGUGCAGAAACAUCUCUUCUCCCUCCCUGACUUCAGUAAAGCAGUUGUCAUUGGCCACGUUCUAAAUUUCCAACCUUGGCAAAGAAGGCAGUCGACAUUUAGAUCUGAUGAGAUGGAUGGAAUGCUGGAAUUUGAGGUGCUGUGUGGUCUACAGUUAACAUGGUAACUCUAAUGUGUCUAACCAACCAACUCAGUGUUUUGGUAGUGAACAAAGGAAAAAAGUCUACUUCUUAGAGAGGCUAUAUUUUUCUGCUAUAAUUUGUUUUAUAUUUAUAGCAAAACUAGACCUUCUAAGCCCCUCAUUGUCUAGGAAAAUUAAUUCCCUGAGAGGAUAUGGAGAUUUGGGGGGAUCAACUAGACUUUUAAAAAGUUGUCACCACAUGCCUUCACUCCAGAAUGUUCUUGGUCAACUAGAUUUGAUUGUGUUCAAGAAUUAUGGCCUUCCCGUUAGGUGUUGCCAUACUAUGUUUAUUAGACCAAGGUCGUUCUGAAUGACAUGGAAUGAAAGAACAGAAUUAGAAUUUCCUUGUGCCCAUCAGCAGAUUUUCUUUUUCAUCAAAACUUUGAAGGUUGUUAACUUUGAAUGCAUUUUUUUCUGACAACCAGUUAUUUUUAUCCCUUCUAGAGAGUAGAAUUUGCACAUGUAUUAAAAAUGAGGAGUGUGUAUUGUCUAAGUGGUUAGUGUCUCCCGGCCCCCUCCCCCCCUUGUGACCCUCUCCAUGUUAUUUUCCACCAAGCAUGUUUCACACUUUGAUGUUUAUUUAUUAUAAAGAAGGGAGAACAUCUGUAUUUAUGCUGGAGACAUCUGAGGUUCCUAUAAUGAAUGUAAGAGCAUUCUUGAUAGUUUGAUGAUGAUAUAAAGAGGACGGGGCACUGUAUGUUUGUCACAGUGAGAAUUGGUUGUGUGGAGCCCUUCAGUCUCUUCUCCAGCUAAGCGUAAUACCUUGGUAUGUGACCCUGAUGGCCUCAUAUCAUUUACUGAUGCUCUCAAGCAAAGCAAUAUUCUUUUUCAAUGUAUUAGCCUAAAAAAAAAAAAAAAACAAAAAAAACCCUCUAGUUUCAAGAACAAUAAUUGCCUGACAGGUGGCGUGCUUAUAGCAUUGUGUGUUCGUCUGUGCACGUAGGGGGCAAGGCACCAGAAUCAGGGCUGUGUGAUUGUUCUAGCAUCUUCCUUUCUCCUUCCUCUCGGGGCUCUUCCCUCCUCCUUGGCUGUUGCCACUCCUAAAAACAGAUACCUGCCGGCCAUUAAGACUUAGGUUGGUUCCCUAGCCAGGCUUUCAUCUAUGCAGAUCGCGCACACAAGCCUGUGUUCAAGGCACCACAGUGCUCCCAGACUACAGCUAUUAUCAAGUAGAUCUCUCAGCUCGUUCUAAAAGAACAAAUCAUGUUUUCCAUGGCCUUAUUUUUCAUUCUUUCUGAGCUCUGUUUUAAAAUUUCAUUUGUCCCUUUAAAAACUAACCAAUUCAGACAGGUCAGUCUGUACUGUUUUGUGAUUGGACAUUUCUUACUCUUAUGGCCAUACUCAGUGUACCUGAAAGAGUUUCUAGUGUCUGCCUUUCGAACAGUCUGCAAAAGGUAGUGCCUGCUAAAGCCUCAGUGUUUAAAAGUCUUUGUUUGUUUGUUUGUUUUACAGUUAUAUAUAGAAACCUUAAGGACUUUUUAAAUCAUUUGCACUUUCCACUUCAGGCUUAAAAUUUCCAAAGGUAAAUUUUAUAUACCGAGGUAGAUAGUUUGAAAGGAUUAGAAAAUUAUACCAUGUUAUAGAUGAAAAUCUUGUCAAUAUUAACAGUGCACACUUUCACAGACAAAUACAAAAUAUCUUAAAGAAUGUGAAUAGUGUAAGUCUUGUUACUCGCACUAUAGGAGUGUUCGUGUGUGUGUGUGCCUUUUAAAAGUGCUGACACUUUGUGUCUUUCCUCAAGAUAAUUAUUAAAUUUGUGAAAUUGUGAAUUUAAAAAUCCCUGCUAAGUAAUGAAACACAUUGUUGAAAUUUACUACAUGUUGCUGGGUUAAGAUCGUAAAAACCCAGGAAUUGUGUUGGUCAAGAGCCAAGGGGUCCAGCAAGUAGUUUGCAGGACUCAAUUACAGUAGUAGAAGAAUUUGACUACCAAUUGGGCAAAACGUCUGAUUUUUUUUUUAAACACGUAGAUUUUUUUUUCUUAUAGAUUUGUUUUAGCCACAAUUUGUAGCUAUUUCUCCUAGACAAGAUGGAGCAUAUGUUGUUCCCUUGUUCCAUAUUCUUUCAUUAUAAAUCUCAGGAUGUUUAUACACCAACAGCCUCUACCCCCUUCUGGCAGAAACUUGCCUUACUUUGAUACCUUAUAUAUUAAUGAUAGAAAAGUCAGGAGUUUAAAAUUAUGAUUUUGUUACGUAACUUUUGGAAGGAAAAAAACCCCAUUUUGUCUUCCAUAAUGAACAAAACAUAUGCCUGAUAUAUAAGAGGAAACACACAUACACACACACUUACACAGUUCCUAGAAAUUAAACUGGAUUUAUUUUUUGUGCCUUUAUUGAGCAAACCCAGUUUUGAAAUAAUGCAUGUGCAUUUUUCCAUCGCUUCAGUUGGUACGAUGCUGGUCUUGCAUCUCCUCGUCUUCUUUAUGUGCAUCUUACAGGGACUGAACCAAAAGUUGGAUUGAGGUUGGACAUUCUGAAAAUGUGUUUUUAAAAAUCCACUUGCCUCUUACUACAGAUCCUCCAUCCUUUUUCCUCAAUGAUUUUUUUCUCAAACACUACAAGACAUCUCAGAAAAACUUUGCCACUUCAUCCGUCAUACUCUGAGCAGUGAUGAGCAGUGUUGAAAUCUUGAGAGAACAUUCUGGACUUCUUUUAGGAACACAGAGUUACUGAUUCCCCACAGCAGCCGCAGAGGGAGGCCAGCAUCCAUUGUGCAGGAAUGGUUCUCUGUCCUUGUUGUUCUGGCAGUUGCCUGUUGUUGCUUUUGGUCUCAUUUAGAACAAACGGAUAGGAAGUGGUUUCCUGCGCCUUUCUUUGCAGAGGGGGAGGCACGCUGGCAGAACAGGAUGGCGUUGGGGAUUUUCCUGCCAAUGUGGCAGGUGGUGUUUCUGUGGCACACAGUCCGAUUGGGAUUAGUUUCUUGGUCUCUGAGAAAUCCUUUCCCCUCCUGAAUUGUGAACACUGGCCAUGCUUUCCGGUUCUUAUUUAUGGUGGACUGACAAAUAGCAUUUACCACUUCCCUUUAGGUGACUAUCGGUUGCUCCUUGUUUUGGGGGAAGCCAUGCUAUGCUCUGUUCUGAUCUGCUUCAGACAGCACUGAGUACUAGUGUGGGUGUAAUAGUGUCUAUCUUUCUCUGCCUAAGAGGGAGCCUGGGAGGGCAGGAAAAGAACCCUAGAGAUCACUUGAGCCAGUCUGGCAAGACAUUGGCCUGGGAAGACAAGGGAAGAUUCCCACUGACUGCGCGGCUGGCCACGUUGCACCAUCAGGGGCAUUGGCCAACCUAAGCCAGAGAACUUGUUUUGCUUCAUUCGUAGUGACACUCAGCACAGGCAGUAUUAACUUUGCCUUUCGUUCAGGCCAUCUACAUGUAUUGUUAACAUUACUGCACAUCUGCCCUUGGAUACCAAGUGCACACUCUUCAUGUUGGGCUGUGCGUGUAUGUGUACAUGUGUCUCCCAAAUCUUGGGGUUUUCUGUUUUGUUUGUAUUUUUUUUCUCCUUUUUUUUUUUUUUUCUUGAAUGUGAUGAUGUUUUGGAUGAUACCUGAGCAGGGUUACCUUUUUUUAUUUAUUACCAUUAUAUAUUAUAUUAUAUUAUAUAUUUUUGCUUUCUUACAACAUUAGAGGAAAGUUAAAUCUUCAUAUUAAUAAAAUUGUUUUUAAAAAAGAAAUAAAUUGUCCAGUUGAUAAAUGAAAAUCACUGGUGUAUCUUUAAUGAGUUUUCUUUAAUGACUGUGGAAUAAUGUGCCAGCUCUUGUCAACACAAUGAUUUUGUAUGUCGGAUAGGAAAGCCGUGAUGGUUUUAACAGGAAGCUGUGCAAGGCGGAUUAAUAGGGAGAACUCCCUGCAGAUGUUCUCCUUCGGCAGUGAAAUUUUCAACUUGGGGCUUUUGUGAAUAAAAUUUAGCUGCCUUGUAUAAUCCUUUGAAAGAGACAGGUGAUCUGUGAGAGAGUUAUAGUUUCUUUUUAGAAGAAAAAUUUGCAAAAGAUCUUUCCAAAGAUAAUGUGCCACAGAUCUUUUGUUUGUUGUUCUCUGUAAUGAAGAUUAAAUGCUGUUUAAAAAAAAAUGGACUUGUUCAUCUUGAAAUUUUUCUUUCUAUAAAAGGAUUGAGCUGUGUAAAAAAAAUAAUAAUAAUAAAAGUUUAGAGAAAUCAUUGGUCUUGAAUUCGUGCUUUCAUGAUGCCUGAGUAAAAUGUGCUUAAAAUUGCCAAGGAAUGUUUCACAUGGAAUAUUGUGUGCUCUUAUUCAUGACAUGUGUAUGUUGUUGAAACAGCCCUGUACCUCGGUGGUUUCAUGAAAUCGGAAAGGCCCCAGGUGCUGAGAGAUGAGUUCCUGGAUUUGAGUGCAAGUUGUUGACUGUGCUCGUCCUGGGAGCCGGCACUUGCUCUCCUUAGGUGUCUGUGCUCUUCUUGGCUUUCUACUCAGUAGGAUAGCGAGGAUCACAUGAGCUACAUGGAGGAUACUUCGCUGGCUUCCUGGAAAAGGUCAGUUACCCAACCCCUGUGGCUGUGUGUACCCCCUCCUCUGCCUGCGCUGUGACAUCCUGACUGCUGACCCUGUGCCUGAGCAGGGAGAGAACACUCACGGCCUGUGCCUCAUCACCCCGCAUCAUUCACCCUUCCUGCGUCAGCUCAGGCUCCAUUUGGACUGGUCCUGUUGAAUAACCAGGUUUGUAGUGAAGUUAGCAGUACCUUUUGUACAGGAAGUGCAGUGGCAAGUAUGGCAAAAGUAUAUUUCUUCUGAUUGAAAAUUUAUAGGGAAGAUACUAAUUUGUAAUCAGACUUGAAAGAUGGGUUAUCAUAUCUCUUCUAAAUAUUUAAUGUUUCCUACUAAACACUUUCCAUGGGCUAUCUCACAACACUUUAAAUGUCAGUGGUAGACUUCCAGGUAGGAUUUUGUACCAAUUUGUGUAGCCACCUAUUAAGGAGAUUUCCAUGACUGUUCCUGAAACAAGAUAUUGGGCAAAGUGGAUGAAGAUAUUUUCAUAUAUAUCUGCCACUUAGUGUCAACAGUGAACCCUUCAGCAUGUUAAUCUAAUGUGUGCAACCGUGCUGAGUAGGCGGUUGCAGGUGUCUGGCUGGUUUUCUGCAUCUGUGUCUCAGGACACUUCCAGUGUAGCUACCCGUUAUAACAUCCAAGAAAAUUGCUCAUUGUCUCAAGUCAAAUCAAGUUUUGUGCAUUACACUCGGUUGUUACAUCACUUUGAUCCAUUGAUUUGGAGCAAUUCUUCCCCCAACGUUUUUUAUUUUAAAAGAUUCAUUUACGUGAAAGAAUGGUAGAUGCCUACAGACUAACUUGUUCCCCAAAAGGGCCACAACAGCUAGCUCUGAGCUCAGCCAAAGGCAAGGGCUGGGAGCUCCGUCCAGGUCUCUGCCAUGAGAGAUUGGCUACAUUAGCAAGUAUUUGCCGUAAGUCAGGAGGUAGGUCCAGUUUGAGUCUUUGCUUAAGAUGCGGUCACCAGAUUUCUCCGUUACUAUAAGCGGGCUUUCCCUUGUUGCCUGUACUCGGGCAGUUCCCAACUCAUUGGGAGCCAGGGAAUGGAAGGGAUGUAUUUUAUAAGCUUUUGUUGUGAACUUGGCAAUGAGAGUAGAGUCUGCCUCAAAGUAUUAUGCUCUGAAAAAGAAGGGGGAGGGGGAAAUCCAGAGAAGUGGCUUUUCUAUUUACAUUUCUUCUCAUCCAAUGAAUACUUUCUUCUCACAUUUUAAGUUGCCGUUUCAGUUGCAUAGGUUUCAGACCAGACAGUUCAAGCACCAGACUCGGCAGGUGAGGGGAAGCUUGUGUUCGCUUAGAUCAUGGAGGACAACUUCUCUAGGAAGAAUGCUGUUAACGGAGGAGGGAGGGGAUGCUAAGCAGCGAGGAAGAACAGGUGAUCCUGGCGGGCCACAAAAGGCUUCCCUUCCCUUUAGAUUUCUGUAUUCCAGAUAAUAGCCAUUUAUUGUGUCACCAGUAUUUCUCUUUUCCUUCUUGGCUGUGAUUGUGUUUUAGUUUUACAGGAAGACAUUCACCUUCCAAAGCCCUUGGGAUUUCCACUCCGUUCAUCACAGGUGAGUGAGGGCAAUUUGCCAGAUUCUGCGAGGUGAAGCAUCGUCUGCCUCCGUGCUCUCUACGUCCUGGUCUGUCAGCCUGUAGUACCAGAAUUGGUAUUUGUUCUCCACGUUAGCGGGCUUGGGAAACAUCACAACCCAGACGACUUUUAGUUAAGUCAUCUGUGUGCAGCUUACAGCCUUCAAAUCCACUUGAAAGCCCAGUGGGUCAUCACCAGAGGCUUAGCUGCUGUCACUUUUGUUCCGAUUAGAUCAUCGGGCUGUCUAGCCUGUUUUGUCUUGGAAAAAGGACUCCUAGUGGCUGUGGUUUCCCAGUAGACCACACUUAGCUGAAAGCAACACUUUGGUGAGACACUAAGACUCUGCUAAUAGAGGCCUUUGCCCCUCUCACAGACUGGAAGGAGGGCCUUGAAAUACUUUCCAGACUAUUCUAUUUUGGCUUUAAAAGGCUGUGUGCCUACUCAUGAUAAGUGCUUUAAAUCACCCUUCUCUGCUCCUCGGGCCCCAUCCUCACAUCUCGUCCACCUUAC